UAGAUACGAGAAAGCGUCGCUCCGCGGUCGCUACGGAGAGAGGGAUGGUUCUGCCGUAGUUUAAAGACACUUCUGUGUUGUUUCCCACGCAGUUACAACAACUCACUGCCAUGGCCGUCUGGGGGAAAUGCGUUUCCGUCGUUGCGACAACGACUCUGCCAAGUUUGAACGUGUGUGUAACCACGUUUCGGCGCUACUAGCGCGUUAUCUUGGCAUGACAGAUAAAGAUUAGUGAGCAUGCUAGCGAGCUAGCCACAGCAUCACGCAGAGACCACACCUGCCGGGGACAGUGUGGCUGCAGGUUCCUAGCAGACAUGGGCAAACUACAAAGCAAGUUUCGCAAGAGGUCUGACCUCUACAGGGCAUCUAAGGGGGAGAAGGCAGAUACUACCUUUGACAGUCAGGUGAUGCAGUAUGAACCUGCCCAUCAAGGCUCCAUCAACACUGUCACCAAUCUUAGCCCAGAUUUGUGUGUUUCUGGUGGGAGUGACCAGGCUGUGGUGGUAUAUGACUGGAAGCAAGGCCGGAUGUGCCAGUCCUUCCAGGGUCACAACCGAGAGGUUACCAAGGUGCUGUGCUAUGCAGGCAGUACAUGGAUCUUUAGUGCCUCACGGGACAAGACUGUUCUGAUGUGGGACCUAAACCAGGGGGACGAACCCAUUCAGGAAUUUUGUGGGCAUGAAUUGGUGGUCAAUGGACUAGCCAUCAGCCCUGAAGGGAGAAAGCUGUGCACCGGUUCUCGUGACAACUGGAUGUGUCUGUGGGAUAUAGAAUCUGCAAAAUGUGAACAGAGACAAAACGUUUCUAGAAACCUGGUGACUCAUGUUUGUUGGGUUCCAGGCAGCUCCUCUAUAGUCCAGACCUCUGAGGAUAAGACCAUAAGGGUGUGGGACAGUCGUGCAUGGCAGGUAACCAAUACUUUCCCAGCCAAGCAAUACAUCCAGACCCACUGUGAUGUUUCUCCAAACGGAAACUACUUGGUGUCCAGUAGCAACGGCUUUGGAGGCCAGGGCUGUGAAGCCACGCUCUGGGACCUGCGUCAGCCCGGCUGUAAGGUGGUGGAGUAUAGAGGUCAUCUCCAGACCGCUGCCUGCUGUAUGUUUCUGCCUACGCCUCCUGGUGGCCCAGUUCAGGUAGCAACGUCCUCCCAUGACGGCUCCGUCAAAAUCUGGGAUCAGAACACAGCAGUCUGUUUAGGGACGUUGUAUCUGGAUGGUUCUGGUCCACUGGUUUGUCUGGCCCCCACUGACUCCAACAGUCUGCUGUGUGCCAGCUUCAACAACGGCCUCCAUCAUAUCCAGUUGGGCCACGGACCAAACCAGGCUCAGGUUUCCGGGGCGGAGUCAGGUGGAGUUGGUGGCAUGGACAUACAAGUUGUGGCACGCUUCUAACAGCCCAGAGGAGCCUGCUGGGACUGGGAACCCUGACCUGUGAACAGCCAGCUACUCAGUGAGCGUAUCACUGGAAUAGGACAUCAUGUCAGUUCUUCAGUACUAUUUUACACAUUUCUAUUGACAUUUCUGCUUUACUAGACUGCCAUACAGUGAAGUGACAGAAGAGAACAGUGAGAUAAGGAGGCGCUUAUAACGACAUGUACGGAAGACGCACCUUUUGACCAUCAAAGCCACCUGGAAGCCCAUCAGAGCUGCUUUUCUGGGAGACUGGUCUGUAAGUCAUAUUUCCCCUGAAUUGAUUGUAUACACAAUGAUCCUGCUUUGAUUGCUGCCUUCAUGGACCAAACCAGAUUAAACUGUGGAUUGCUCUCAGUUUAAUACGUUGCUUCAUCUCGGUGGAGUUAAUGAGACACAUGUUGUAUUGUUUUUAUUGGUGGUGGUGCGUCCGUGUUCGGAGGACAUCCUGUUGCGUCUGGAGUGGUGCUGAAAAUGUGGAAACAGAAAAAUCAGCUAUUUGGUCAGGUGUAUUUUUUUUUCCUGGAUACAAUUUAGUAAAUGCAGUCAGACUUGCAGUCUUGUUUGUCAAUGUGGAAAGUUAUUUUUAUAACCAAAACAGAGUAAUGGAGUAUAAGUGUAUGUUGAUAAUCAUAAUAACCGUUGAUUAGUUUGUUCUGUAGAUUUAACCUUUGUGUUAGACCAAAUGAGAACCUACGACACAAGACUGUAUAAACGUUGGCUUUCUUUAGUUUUUUUAGGUAGAAUUCAUUUCAUAAUGGUUUCUGAUAUUUGUCAACUGAAGCUGCCUAGCUGAUGUUGGUGCCGAUGUUCAAUACAUUAAAUUUGAAAAUGACUAUGCAAAGAACCUGAGUAAUUCCCUUGUUUGAAUAAACUAAUGGGAUUAGAAUAUAUUGCAAACACAAACGAAAGCUGCUAACAUAAAACCUGCGACAAGUUAAGAUCGAUUGAGGCAUUAGACAUUUUUAAUUUAGUGUCACUACUGUGCUUUUAACAACUUAUGCUGACUUAGGAUUAGCGAUCCAGGCUGCAGUUUAGCCUGCGACUGCUAAUGUUAAUAUAAGAAACUUUAAAUAGGUGAAUUUGGCCAAAAAUCACAUUAUUGUCAAGAGAUGAGUUAAACUACUCUUACUCUAUUAUUAUCUAUAUAAGUGAACAUUGAAUACUGAUUACUUUGUUACACGGUGCUCAGGAAUCCACAUUCUAUAAUUAAUUACACGACAAGCAGUAGGGAACCAAAGGUAAUUUAAUUUCAUGAGAAUUUACUGUUUGGGUAUUUUUCACUCUAAACAUCCAGUUGAUUUGAUCCAUCUGUUAUAUGCAUUAUAAUUGCAUAAUAAAUAAAUAAUUUCAUAAUGUCUGAUGAGUAAAUCUGGGUUGUUUCUCCUUUCGUCAUUUGGUCAGACUUGUAUUAAGUAUGCCUCUUACAUGUCACUAAAUAUGAAUGUACUACAGAUACAUCAACCAGCUUACUCUGAGAUGUAUCCCGGUACACAUCGAUAGCGUGUACUUUGUGCCUGCUGUGACAACAAAAAGAUUUAGUAGAAACGAGUUCCCACCCGAAAUCUGCCGUGUACAACUUAAGUUUACCAGCCGCUGGAGCUCCUUGGGCUUCAUUGUUCUGCUCAAGGGCACCGUGGCAAUCUGUGAAACGAAUGGACUUCCCCUGCAAAGGCUUUGCCCAACUGUUUGCAAUCUGUUCACUACAAGUUACAAGAAGCUACACAGCAGGCGGAUGCUAGCCAUGACAGAAAUAUGGAUGUUAUGUUUUUUUAGCACACUUUCUUACAUUAAGAGGACCAGCUAAUAUCAAGAGUGUACAUCUAAAUGCCUUUUCAAGGUGUCUUUCUAAUGUAUGUGUACACAGCGAAACUCAUUUUAAGGCUCUAAGAUAAAGACAUUUGUUUGAUUUGCUUUUUGUCAAGUAAACUGUUAGAAAUGAGUAUCUAUUCCAGAACUUUUGGGCAACACCAAAGAUGAAUCAGUGCCAUCUUGUGCCAGAAAUGUUCCUUGUUGUAAGUUUAUUACCAAAUUCUACUAAAUAAAAAUGUAUUAAUGUGAUUCAUCAAAUAAAAAGGUAAUAUUUAAAUCUGAUGGACCUUUCAUCUC